AUGGCGUUCUCGAAGAUGUGGGCGACCCCGAAGAGGCGCCGAGCCGAGCCGGAGGAGCCGCAUGUGUUCCGGAACGAGUGGACCCAGCGCUACUUGGUGGUGGAGCGGGACGACGGAGAAGGUGCCGAGUGUCUGGUAUGCCACCGGCCCAUCGUGGCCACCCGGGAGCGCGAUGUGAGGCGCCACUACGAAGCCGAGCACGAGCACUAUGAGGCGUACCCGGCGGGCGGGGAGCGCGCGGCGCUGGUGGAGAGACUGAGGCGGGGGGACGCGUCGGCGGCUGCCGCGCUGUCCGACGAGGAGCGGGCGGUCCGCGCCAGUCUCGGGGUCGCGCACCUGUUGGCGCUGCACGGGCGGGGAUGGGGAGAAGGCAGCUUGGUCCGCAGCUGUCUGGAAGUCGUGAUGCGGGAGGCGCUGCCCGAGCACUGCAACCUGGUGGACGAGGUAGACCUGUCCCCCGAGAGCAUGGCGCAGAAGACCCUCGGUCUCGGGCGCAACCUGCACGCGCAGCUGCUGGACCGCGCCCCCAACUUCCGGGCCUACUCCCUGGCGCUCGAUGACCAAGCCUUCCUGGGCACUGAGAAAUGCCUGAUGGUGUUCCUGCGCGGGGUGGACCACGAUUACGAGGUGGACGAGGAGCUGCUGACCGUGGUAAACCUGGCGGACAACCCGUCCGUGACCCUCGCGAUGCGCUUCAUCGGGGAGUCCAUGGCGCGCCUGGGGCUGGCCUGGGACAAGCUGGUGGGCGUGGCAUCCACCGGCACCGGGUUUCUCGCCUCGGAGGACUGCGGCUUGGUCCAGCUGAUGCAGGAGCGCGCGGCCGAGUCGCGCAGGGGCGUGGGCGGGCACUCGCCUCUGCCGCAUUGCGCCGGAUUGCUGCACCUGGAGAUGAUGGGCUCCAUCGAGCUCGAUGUGGGCGGGGUCGUGGACGCCGUGGCCGGCUGGCUGGCUCUCCUGCGAACCCGCGGCGUGAGCUCCCUCGGCCUCAAGCUGCUGGUGGAGGAGGCGGAGAUGCACCACGGCGGCGAGGUCAGCCUGCGGUGCCUGACCAACUGGCUGCGCAGGGGCAAGGCUCUCAAGCGCGUCUUCGGCCUGCGGCGCGAGCUCGAGGUCUUCCUGGCCCAGACGGGCGCGGCCCCCAACGGGGACCUGCGCGACCCCCUGCAGGACCCGGACUGGCUGUGCGACAUGAGCUUCCUGGUGGACAUGCAGGCGCACCUGGCCGAGCUGGCCGCCGAGCUGCGCGUGCCCGGCACCUUCGCCUUCACCGUCAUGGACCACGUCUGCGCCUUCGGGGACAAGCUGCAGCUGCUGCGAGCGCACCUGAGCGCCGGUGACCUCACCCUCUUCCCCGCCAGCCGAGAGCUCAGCGGCGAGCUGGACCACCAGGGUCAGGCGGUCCGCGAGGUGCUGGCCUCUCACCGCUACCAGGAGGGGCUGGCCCGCCUGCACGCCAAGCUGCAGAAGCAGUUCGAGGACCUGUCCGUGGUGAAGCGCGACCUGGACAUGUUCGCGGACCCCUUCAGCUUCCCCGUGGAGAGCGCGCCCCUGCACAUCCGCGAGGAGCUGAUCCGCAUGAAGUCCAGCGCCACCCUGCUGUCCGAGUACCAGGAGGAGAACCUGGGCGCCUUCUACGCCGGCCUGCCCCCGGGCUGCUACACCGAGCUGCAGGCGGUCACCUUCCGCGCCGCCUCCCUCUUCGACAGCAGCUGCAUCUCUGACCGGGCCUACAACUACGUCCUGCGCAACCAGACCCGCCUGAACCACCUCCGCGCGGAGGACCACUUCCACGCCCUGCUGCGCAUCGCCACCACCAACUACGAGCCCCACCUGGAUGACCUGGUGCGCAGCAGGAGCCGCCCCCUGGCCUGA